AUCAGCUGACGUCAUCAUGUGGAGGUUCUCUGAAGGCAGGCCGAAGCUGUACACUGAUGUGUUACACAGGAGUAGCUUCACAUACAACUAUAGGGUGGCAAAAAGGCACUACAUCAUACAGAGUAAGUCAGGGUAGCUGCAGCUCUCCAUAUUUCCCGGCUGACUACACCACCUCCUGCCCCAGCUCCACCAACUACACCCUCACCAUCAACAACGCCAUGAACGGCAGAGACACACCAUCAACUACCAGCUGACAGGCACCAGUAGGAACUCCCUGUACUACUGCCAGGCAUCCGACACACAGACUACCGUCAACUCUACCAUCACUAGGACCACUACAUCUGUCUCCUGUGUCGCUGUCUCCAACCCACCGCCGUCCAUGACUUUGUACACAGACGGGACCAGUGUGGCCACCAGCCCAGCAGCAGUAGAGGGAGACACUGGCUGGACAGCCACCAUCAACUACCAGCUGACAGGCACCAGUAGGAACUCCCUGUACUACUGCAAGGCAUCCAACACACAGGCUACCGUCAACUCUACCUAUUCCUAUCCUAACAUUGCUGUCAGCAGCGUGUCUCUCACAACCAUCACAUCCGCCAACCAGGAAGUGGGCGCUGCUGAGGGUCAACUCUUGACCUUGACCUGUGUCACCUCUUCCAGUUACCCUGCUGCUACCGUUCACUUGGUUCAAGAACAGAGUCCCGUUGGCAAGAGGGAUAUCCAGUGGUCACACAUCCCAGUCAGGUGUCGUCCAUACAACAAGUACCGUGACCAUCAUUCCUGUCAGGAGUGACCUGGGCCACACAGUCUACUGUAGAGCCACCAACAUCCACACCCCCUCCCCAGUACAGUCUGACAGUGCCCGGGUGGGAGUGUGGUUUGAGUAGCUCUCUGAUGUCACAUAUUCGUAUAUCACAUUCAUGUAAUAUCAGUCAAUCAGUCAAUAACUACUGUCAUAUUCAUGCCAUAGCUUAAUUGUCUCACUGAGCGGAUCCAGUUGUAUGCAGUCAGGCAGUCAUUUAGUCCAGAAAUAUUGCACUGAAGACAAAAUAUCAUAGGUGAAAAAGUUAGUAUUUUCGUCAGUUUGAAGCGAAUCAAUCCAAUAUUAAGGAGAGCAAUUCCUUCAUGCGACCGCAUUACGAUGAAUAGUAAUAGAUGAAGACGUCCAUGUGGGUUAUAAUCAUACUGUAUUGGAUAUGGCAUAUGGUCAAAGCAGUACUACAAAUGCAGUAAGCCGUUCAGAUAACACUGAUUUCACAGGUAACUGUACUGUAUUGCAGUCGGACCAGAGCAGGUUGAUGUGGCAAAGCAAGACAACACUGUAGCUUUAGACCUGACCUUAAACAGUGCUGUCACCGCUUAUCCCAACCUGACCUUCACCUGGGACUACAUUGAUGGAACACCUGUAGGUGGCACCACGGGGACUGUGACAGGAUCUUCUACAUGGUGGUCCCAAACCCUCACCUUCAGCCCAAAUAAAGACAAGACAGCUGCGAGGUGUAGGGUAAGAAACACCAGAACAUCAGCAACCCAGACUGGUUCUGCAUCACUGGAUGUCAAGUGUGAGUGUUCAUUAGUGUGCCCAGUUUGUUAAGAGCAGUUCAGAUUUACACUUGAAGCACAUGUGAAGGUUGAAGAUCAUUGUAGACAU